GGAGCAACCAGCCUCCUCUCGCGGGGCGGGGUCUUCUCCUAGAGCAGAGUUGCGCGCCUCGAAGCGAUUCUCCGAGGCGGGGCACAGAGACGAGAGUCUCACGCCGAGCAGGCGCUGGAGAGAUUUUUUUUUCCCUGGAAAGUUCACCACAGACUAGGCGUACUAGGCGAAGCCGGUCAGGGGGGCAACCUUGAUGAUCUCCCCGCCUCAGCCCAGCCCAGGCGGUGGAAGCAGACGGGGAAUGGGCAGCGCGUUUCGUGGCUAAGGCGGAGGAAGGGCUGGUUAUUCUGCCCGCACCCCUCGCUUGCAGAGCGACAAAAUGAACGGGCCGGAGAAUACCAACUUCAGGCGCUUGGCCAUCCGCAGGAAAUCCAACCCGAGCCUGCACAGCGCUGCCUUGGUCUUCUCCAAGGGACUCGAGGGCGCCUCGCCUCUUGGUCGUCGGGAGCGAGGGAGGGACGCUGAGACUGAGGCAGCGCCAUCAGCAGCCGCAGCAGGUCGCAGUUCAUGUCCAAAGAUCUUCAUAGCUCAGUCCUGCACAGCAGACACAGGAAGCAGCACAGUUAGGUUGUAUGAGCCAAACAUCUGCAAUGAAGUGGCUCAGGGAAUAAAUGGAAACGUGUCAGUUAAGUCCUCCCCACGUCCAACUUCAAAUCCAAAGCCACAAGUGCCUCCAAAGCCAUUACAUCUGCAGAGUUCACAGUCAUCCAUUGUCCACCACAUCCCUAGGCAUAAAGCUUUUCAUACUACGAAGCCAGGAAUGGAGGAAGUUACACCUACCUCUUCUUGUGUAUCAAAAGAAAAAAGUAGUAAAGUGUCCGAUCUCAUCAGUCAUUUUGAAGGAGGCAGCUCAUCCAAUCCUAGUGAGCUGAAGAAAGAACCCUCUGUUCUCAAUGUUUCUAAAUCUCAAGGGAAGCAUGGGUCAAUAUCAUCACCUCAGCCAAAAUUCCUCACCCAACACUCGCUACAAAAGCAGGGAAAUAAUGCAGAUCAAUCUCAGGAUGUACAGAAUCGCACAGCCAAUGGAGUAGUAGCACAGAACCGGUUAUGCAGGGACGUCAUGUUGCCAGUUCAUAAAGCCAGUACGGCCAAUCAGAAUGACAAUUCUUCAUUUGAUGGCAGCUUGGUAAAUGGAGAAAGAGAGAGCACAAGCACAGACUCCUUGCAGACUACAGCAGCCUUGAAAGGGCAAAUGAUUAAUAGCUGCCAUCGGACUCAAAGUGUGAACAUGUUCCCAUCUGGAAAAGAAACUGUAGAAAUGAUGAUUACCAAUACAGAGGAUACGCGGGUUGAAGAGCAUGUGCAAGAUCAGCAUGUGGAAACAAAGGAGACAGACGAACAGAAAUGCUACAAAAUUGCCAGUGAGCUUUUGCAUACCGAAAGGGCCUAUGUCAGCCGACUUGGUCUCUUGCACCAGGUAUUUUAUUGUAAACUGAUGGAGGAAGCUAACAAGGGUUCAUUUCCUGCUGAAGUUGUUAAUAAAAUCUUUUCCAACAUUUCAUCCAUAAAUCAGUUCCACAGUCAGUUUUUGCUGCCAGAGCUUGAGAAACGUAUGCAGGAAUGGGACACAAGCCCCAGGAUCAGCGAUAUCCUACAGAAAUUAGCUCCUUUCCUCAAGAUGUAUGGAGAGUACGUGAAGAAUUUUGACAAUGCAAUGGAAUUGGUGAAAACAUGGACUGAGCGAUCACCUCUCUUCAAAUCCAUUAUUCAAGAUAUUCAGAAACAGAAAGUCUGUGGAAACCUGACCUUGCAGCAUCACAUGUUAGAACCUGUACAACGCAUUCCAAGAUACGAGAUGCUCCUGAAGGACUAUCUAAGAAAAUUGCCUCAAGAUUCCCUUGACUGGAAGGAUGCUGAAAAAUCCUUGGAAAUAAUAUCUACAGCAGCAAGUCACUCCAAUAGUGCCAUCCGAAAAAUGGAAAAUUUAAAGAAGUUGUUGGAGGUUUAUGAAAUGUUAGGAGAAGAGGAAGAUAUUGUCAAUCCUUCAAAUGAACUCAUAAAAGAAGGACAGAUCCUUAAACUUGCUGCACGAAAUACAUCUGCCCAAGAAAGAUACCUUUUCUUAUUCAACAACAUGUUGCUGUAUUGCGUCCCUAAAUUCACCUUAGUGGGAUCAAAAUUCACAGUUCGAACAAGAGUUGGCAUUGAUGGUAUGAAGAUUGUGGAAACUCACAAUGAAGAAUACCCACACACAUUCCAAGUGUCUGGAAAAGAGCGUACUUUGGAGCUGCAGGCCAGCUCUGAACAAGAUAAAGAAGAGUGGAUAAAGGCUCUGCAGAGUACCAUAGAUGCUUUUCAGCAAAGAAAUGAAACAUUCAGAAAUGCUAUUGCAAAAGAAUACGACGACAUGCCAGUUGAAGUUUCUCAUGCUGAACUUGGAAAGAGAGCUCCAAGAUGGAUUCGAGAUAAUGAAGUGACCAUGUGCAUGAAGUGCAAGGAGCCGUUCAAUGCACUGACAAGGAGGAGGCAUCAUUGCCGUGCUUGUGGGCAUGUGGUUUGCUGGAAGUGUUCAGAUUACAAAGCUCACCUUGAGUAUGAUGGCGGCAAACUGAACAAAGUUUGUAAGGACUGCUACCACAUUAUAACAGGGUGCACAGACAGCGAAGAAAAGAAAAAGAGAGGAAUCUUGGAGAUUGAAUCAGCAGAUAUAUCUGGGAACAGUGUGAUAUGUAGUUUUCUUCAAUACAUGGAAAAAUCUAAGACUUGGCAAAAGGCUUGGUGUGUGAUUCCCAAACAGGAAGCCCUUGUGUUAUACAUGUACGGUGCUCCUCAGGAUGUAAAAGCGCUGGCUACUAUUCCAUUGUUAGGCUACAUGGUGGAUGACACUCCAAGAAGCGCUGACCUCCCACACAGUUUCAAAUUGACCCAGUCCAAAUCUGUGCACAGCUUUGCUGCAGACAAUGAGGAACUGAAGCAAAAGUGGCUGAAAGUCAUUCUUUUGGCUGUCAAAGGUGAAACGCCAGGCUGCCCAGAUGAUUUGCAGAUAAGUCUGGAGGAUCAUCAUGAACCCCCUGCGAAACUGGAAUCUGAAGUUUGACACUGUGGUCUGUUGAAAUUUUUUUCCAGUCAAACUUGGGUUGACACACUACUUCCUAACAUCAAGGAGCCUAACAUCAAGGAGCCAGCCUUCAUAACUCUACCAUGUUUCUUAGCACUUUAUGUCGGGGAAAUGAAAAGUAAAAAAUGACAUUCAUCUUUUUAAGGAUCCUUUUUUUCUUAUAUUUAUGUGAUGUCAAUAAAAAUAAAUGUACAGAGCCA